CCAAUUAAUCCACUGCCUUUUGGAAUCCGGCCUUAUAUAAAUAGUUAAGCUGUUGCUGCUGCUGCUUCCCUACCAACAUAUUGUCGAUCGAUCCAUCAUUUGCCCCUCAUCUUCUCAUCUGCAGCUAGCCAAAAACAGACCGGCCGGCAGGCCCAUAAUAUAAAUCCGACGAACGGGAACGAUCCCCUCCAACAACCAGGCGAGCCGAGCUUGAUCUUCUUCUUCUUCUACUUGUAGAUCCGUCCGGCCGUUUGGUGAGUCUUUUCAGAGGAGGGAGGUCGAUUAGGAGGCACGCCGAAGCAGCUAGCUUGCUAGGUAGCAGCAAUGGAGGAGGAGUCUUGUGUGCCCCCAGGCUUCAGGUUCCACCCCACUGAGGAAGAGCUCGUAGGCUACUACCUUGCAAAAAAGGUCGCAUCCCAGAAGAUUGACCUGGAGAUCAUCCAGGAGGUCGAUCUCUACAGGAUCGAGCCAUGGGAUCUGCAAGAGCGGUGCAAGUACGGUGGUGGCCACGAUGAGCAGACGGAGUGGUACUUCUUCAGCUACAAGGAUCGCAAGUAUCCCAGCGGGACGAGGACGAACCGCGCGACGGCGGCGGGGUUCUGGAAGGCCACCGGGAGGGACAAGCCAGUGCUAUCGAGGUCGCGGGUCAUAGGGAUGAGGAAGACGCUCGUCUUCUACAAAGGCCGCGCACCCAACGGCAGGAAGAGCGACUGGAUCAUGCACGAGUACCGCCUCCAAUCCAACGAGCAUGCACCCGCGCAGGAGGAAGGCUGGGUGGUGUGCCGCGCAUUUCAGAAGCCUAUCCCGAACCAAAGGCCCAUCUUCCCCAGCUACGCUACUCCCGGAGGUUACUACGGUCACCUCCCAAACGCGCGGCUGCACGUUGGUGCACUCGACGGCGACCACCAUUUCUUGGGUUCAGCACUACACCCUGGACCUGCAGCCGGGGCCAACAGCUUCCCGCAGUUAUACCCAGACGACGACUUGGAAUCCAAGAAGCAUCUCUUGAGCAUCCUGCAGCUCGAGAGCCCGACCGCCGACGCCUACGUCGCGCAGAGAAGCAGUAAUCCUGAUCAUGAUCUGAUCCACCAGCUUGGAGGACAACAGGCUGCCGGCGCCAUCGACUGGAACUUCCUGGACACCUUGCUGUCGUCCACGACGUCGCAGCUCCAUGAGCCCUCCUCCGCCUCCCUUCAGUGACCACCUCUUUCAUCGAUCGGUCGGAUCUGUCAGAGUUAGCUGAAGAAUAUUCAUCAUCGUGUCAUCCUUUGCUAAUAAUUCACAUAUGUGCCGUGCCAUUGAUCUUUGUUUGUACGUAGUUUACAGGCUGUUUCAGUUACUGAAUUUGGGAACUGAUCUUGUGGUGGACUUUUAAUUUGCCUCUCGUCUAGCUAGCGCAUUCGAUCGUUAGAUAUAUGGAGGGUCAUCAUGUACACACCCCACCCCAUAUAUGCAUAGUCAGUAGCUAGGCAGCAUUGAUUUUCUUUCUUCCCAUAUGCACCACAGCUAUAUAUAUAUAUUACUUUUACUGACUUAUAUUAA